AUGAUCCAAGCAUUACUUCUGCUUGCUUCGGUUCUUGGAGCGUCUGUAUAUUAUUGGCAGCACAAUAAAGAAUGGUCAUACGUGCAAACAUUGGAUGGAAUUGAUCGAGGAGAAAUUAUACUUCCGAAUUACAACGUUCACCCCAUCCUCUAUAACGAAUGCGUAUGGCCCAUACUAGAUCCCUACGAGCCGGAUAUUGUAAAGUAUCUCAAAAAUCGAAAACGCCGUCUCGCAUGCCGCCCAUCUCAAGAUGUGGAAGUGGAAUGGCUAGAUUCCAAGAUUCAAAUCACAUUCAAGUCCGAUGCGCCGAUAAGUUGUGUCGCCUCGGAUCUGAGCGGCUUUUCCGACAGCGAUGAUGUCUUUGUGUCUCCAGCGAUCAAACUGGAAGCAGAUCUGCCAUUGGAGAUACCUUACACGAACUUCGCUGUGGAGUGUGAGCAAAAUGGGAAGAGAGUUUACAGAAAGUCGUUCUAUAAUUAUAAAAAAGAUCAAGCAUCUAAAGAAUUUGAAGCCAUGGAGUCCACUCCGACAAGUCCAUCGAUUGCAGUUCUUUAUUUAAGAUCCAUGUCACAUUCACAACUGCAAAGAGAGUUUCCAAAGAUUGUCAAAUCAACCAGAAGAUUUGGAUUUUAUUCAUUCCCAAUGUUUAACAAAAUUUCUGAUAACAUCACGGAUUUAGUUAAUAGAACAUUCUGGCAUGACGAAGUCAAACACACAGUGGGACAGUACAUGAAAAAUGAGAGAUAUUGCAAAGUGUUCAGUAACACCAACCUUUCCGGAAUUCAAUCUGAUUACGAUCUCUCCAACUUUGGGCACAGUUUGAAAUCCGACACAUGUUCUGAUGAUGAUAGUGUCGCUCAGAGACUUAUCGAACAAUGGGCCCAGUUCUCGAUUCAAAACCCAGAUCAUUGUUAUCUAUCGCAUAUUUUCGUAAACAACACAAUCUGGUCAAAAUCGCUGGACGACACAUUGAGUGCUGUCCUCGAACAAUUCCAAUUGAAUGAAGUAUUCAAGAAAACAUUAGUCGUUGUAGUUUCGGCAGAGGGGAUUCCAGUAGGAACAUUCGGAAACAGUUACACUGGCAAAGUCGAAGAGCGGAAUCCUAUUCUUUUGGCUCAUAUCCCUGACAAGCUGAAGAAACUAUACAAUGAUCACAUGUUCCACUUGGAAAGCAAUCAGAACAGACUGAUCACCCAUUUGGAAGUUUUCGAUCUCAUCAACAGUUUUGCAAGACUCUCCAAAGACCAAGCAAUUGUUCCAGUCCGAGAUAACUUCAUGGAUUGGAAGAGAGAACAUGUUCGUGGAAUUUCUCCCUGGCAAACAUUGAUUCCACACAACAGAACAUGUUAUCAUGUUCCAAUCGAGGAUGAAUACUGUCUCUGUAUGGAGAACAAGAUUGAUAUCGAAAAGGAGUACAAUCAAACAUAUGCAAUUGCUUCAAGACUAUACGAGAGGAUGGAAUCAGAUAUUCUCUCCAAUUACACCUGCAUGAAGGAAACAACAUGGAUUGAAGAGAGGAACUAUACUGCGGUGUACAAUUUGAACGAAAAAGUAUUGAAUGGAACUGACCCGUACACUGAGUUCUUGUAUUUUGGAGUUAGAGCAUAUCCGAAGAAAUUUAACACUCGAAACAAUAGAAAAAAUUUUUUUGUGAAUGUGAUGGGAUUGUUCAAACACGACAAGGACGACCAAUACAACUUUGAAAAAACGUAUCCAUAUGUAACGGACACUUUGAAAAGUGGAUGCUUAGCUGGAUAUAUGGAGAGAUUCUGCGAAAUGUGUCAUGGACCUAACUUCUUGACUUCAUAG